GAAAGAUAUGAAGUUUCCUUUCAGCCAAGAAUGCAUGGUGUUUGCAGAGGAUGGUGGUUCAAAAGCUGUCGUGAACAGGACUUUAAUACUCGGCAACCCACCCUCCCCGCCACUACCACGAGGAACUGCUCCUCCCAGCUCAUCUCAGCUCUCAUCUUUCGUGUGAAACUGUAUUGAGGUCAUCUGUUACUGAGCUAAUGAUGAAGAACCUGACAGGCACUGAAGGAGGAAACAUCACUCUACCUUACCAUGUGGUGCAGUCUGGAUUUCUUUCAUUUGGAGCAAAUGUUAUUGCUAAUGUGAGGAAAGGGGAAAUCCAAAUACUAGAGGAAAUGUACAGGAACAGACUUCUGUGGAAUAAAGACACUGGAUUCUUUACACUCACAGGACUACAGAGGAAUGACUCAGGAAAUUAUGCUCUUUCCUCAACUAUAUUGUAUAAACUCACAGUUUAUGGGACUGUCCCAAUGCCUGCAGUGAAGAAGCUGAGGGUGAGCACUGAGAGCUGCACCUUGCUGUGUUUUGUGGACAAAGCUGAAGAGACAACAUUGUUGUGGUACAAAGAUGAGGAGAUACUGAAUCAGAACAGCUCAGCUCUCUUUCUACCUCUGACUGUACACAAGCAGGAUUUCAACUCUUCAUAUAGAUGUGUGGCUGCCAACCCUGCUGAAAAGAAGAAUCUUUCAUUCAACAUUAAGACAUCCUGCAGUGGACAAGACCACACAUACAGCAGAGAUGGCAUAGACAAAAGAAUAUAUAUAAGCCAAAUUGCAAUCCCCAUCCUGUCUCUUGUGAUGCUUACACUUGUUGCCAUUAUCACGAAGAAGAAGUGUCUUGACAAAAACAUGAGGUCAACCAGACAAACACAAGGUUCAGUGAAUACAGCAGUUCAUGAUACUGACCUACAUAUACGUGAAAAGAGACACAGUCAGGGCGAAAGUUUACUAUAUUCAUCAGGAACUGUUGACUGUUCCCAUCUAACCACAGUCUAUGAUAAACUGGAGGCUCAUCGCAUGGUGCCAAUUCAGACAGCCACUGAUGAUAAGGUUUUAGAGCAAACAACGGACCUCGAACAUACAGCACCUGUGCAGUAAAUAUUUGUGUGGACCUGCUCAAAUCAUCAGACUGAGCUUUGAUGUGGUCAUCAAGAAAGUCUCUAGAUUUAGUCUUCUUUAGAUCUUUUCAGAUAAACUUCAUUUGCCUCCACAAAAUAAUAAAACAAAUGGACACAGAAAGUUGGACUGUGUUUAUUGAUAAAUGUUUUUUAAUCUCCUGGGUUACUUCAGUUAAAAGGGGUGCAAAAAUACAAAGUGUUUCAGUGUUG